GAGCUGCGACUAUGCGCGCGGCGGGGCGGAGCCUGUCCCGAGAGCGCCCGGUGCGGCGUGCCUCGUGCGCCCCGCAGCUGCAGAGCCCUGUGUUCCGCGCGCGGACCUCGGGUCCCUAACGUCCCCGGCCGGGUGUAGGGAGCUGCGGCCCCGGGAGUCCCAACUGCGUUCCAGAGCCCGGGAGCCGAGGCCCCGGUCGAAGACGCAGGCAGAGCUUCAGCCCUGGGCUGCGACUGCCAAGGUCCGGAUGAUCCGAGCCGCUGCAGAGAGGAUGCAGGGCGAGCCUGAACAUCUCCAUCCUCAGUUUCUCCACUUGCUGCAGCGCCGCAGCGCCUGGUAGCAGGCACCUCAGAACAUGCCUCUUGAAUCGUUGCAGUCUCUCCUCUACAGAACUCUGAAGAGGACGAGCAGAAAGGCAGCAAGUUAAACCGGAUGUUCAUUCCCGGCUCAGAGCGAACAGAGACAUGGAGCUUUGACGGCGAAAGUGCUGUGGUGUCGGCCAUGGGUCAUCAGGACACAGCCGGACCAUGUGGACCAACUUCUUCAAACUGCGCGUCUUCUGCUACCUGUUUGUGGUGCUGAUGGUGGUGGUGUUGGUCGUCAAUGUCACCCAAGUGGAGUACUUGGACCAUGAGACGCUGUCAGAGACGUUCAUCGACAGCAGCGGACAGUAUGUUUCCUCGCAGGCUACAGGCUUCAGUCGGAAUGCGUACUGCGGCUAUGAGCACCAGACCCUGUCUAGUCAGGAACGCUUAGAGGAGGAUGCCUUGCUUGCUGCCUCCAAGUGGAAGGUGCCUGACGUGGAUCUGGUCCCAUUUGUGAGGAGCACGGACCCUUCCUCCAGCUACUUCGUCAUCUUGAACUCUGCAACCUUCUUCAGGGUGGGGAGCCGGCUGGAGGUGCUGGUUCAUGUGCAGGAUUUUCGAGGGAAGCCCAAGAAGUAUGGCGGAGAUUACCUGCAGGCCAGAAUACACUCGCCUAAGCUGCAGGCCGGCGCCGUGGGCCGCGUGGUAGACUACCAGAAUGGAUUUUACAAGGUGUUUUUUACUUUGCUCUGGCCAGGCAGAGUCAGAGUGUCCGUAUCUCUGGUUCACCCCAGUGAAGGGAUCAGAGUCCUUCAGCGCCUGCAGGAAGAGAAACCAGACAGGGUCUAUUUCAAGAGUCUCUUCCGAUCGGGAAGGAUUUCUGAAACAAUGAAGUGCAAUGUGUGUCUUCCUGGAAGUCUUCCCUUGUGCAACUUUACGGAUCUGUCCACCGGAGAGCCCUGGUUCUGCUUCAAACCAAAGAAACUCCCCUGCAGCAGCAGAAUCAACCACUUCAAGGGCGGAUACACGAAGGGCCUUCUCACAGCUGCCGAAAGUGCUCUCUUUCAGAGUGGUGUGAAUAUCAAGAUGCCAAUCAACUCCAGCGGGCCUGACUGGGUGACUGUGAUUUCCAGGCGAACGAAAGAAACUGAUGACUUAGAAGUAUCUCAAGGCUCAGGAAUUUUUCCCUCCGGAUAUUUCUACAAAAACCAGUGGAGGCCCAGGAGGUUCAAGAUGCGCCACUUUAAUGACCCCGACAACAUUACGGAAUGCUUGCAAGGAAAAAUGGUGUAUUUGUUCGGUGACUCGACAAUCAGGCAGUGGUUUGAAUACCUCACUGCAUUUGUUCCAGAUUUAGUGGAGUUCAAUUUGGGCAGUCCCAAGAAUGUCGGUCCCUUCCUUGCAGUGGACCAGAAACACAACGUCUUGCUCAGCUAUCGCUGUCAUGGUCCACCCAUUCGCUUCACGAGCGUCUUUAGUAAUGAGCUCCAUUACGUGGCAAAUGAACUGAACAGGCUCGUGGGAGGGAAGAACACAGUGGUGGCCAUAGCCGUAUGGUCUCACUUUAGCACGUUCCCCUUGGAAGUCUACAUCCGGAGGCUCAGGAACAUCAGGCGGGCAGUGGUCCAACUCCUGGACCGAAGUCCUAAGACAGUGGUUGUCAUCCGGACAGGCAAUGCCCAAGAGCUGGGGCCUGAGGUGAGCCUUUACAACAGUGACUGGUACAACUUUCAGCUGGACACUGUCCUUCGGAGGAUGUUUUCAGGGGUCGGAGUCUACCUUGUUGAUGCCUGGGAGAUGACCUUGGCUCAUCACCUACCCCACAAACUGCAUCCAGAUGAAGUGAUCGUGAAGAACCAGCUGGACAUGUUCUUAUCUUACGUAUGCCCCUUGGAGACCUAGCUGUCCUCAAGGACACUGGAGCAAUCACGUCCAGUGACCUUUCCAAUUGACCUGCAGCAUAGAUAAUCUGUGAUCGACUCCAUUGCGAAAUGGAUACUCCCAAUCGGUUUGCCAUUCAGAAAAGAGCUGUCCUUUGCAUAAUGACUGGUAAUGAACGUAGGCAGUGUAGGCUGCGUUUGUAGCUACCUAUAGGAUUUUUCCGUCUCGACUUAGCCAUCCUAGAGAUCUAACUUAUUGCAUCUGCACACGGUAUUGCUGCCCUUGUAACCAAAGAUGCUAAUGAGUGGUUAAGAACUGGCUUCUCGGGGGUGAGGGUGGGGGUGGGGGUGGGGGUGACAUGCUGAUGCCAUUUAAGAGAUGCUUUGAUGUAAACAGAAGGGAUAGAUUUGGUUGGCAGUGCUAUGUUUGCCACUUACUCGAUAAAGGGCAUUUGAACAGGUCUUCAUGAAUGUGCCCUCCUCAGGAAUAGAGAGGGAUUCUUGCUAGAGGUUCCUGUGGCCACAAUGAAGACUGUUGUAUCUCAGGAGUUUCUAUUGACUUAUUUAUUUAUUUUCUCAAUCACUUGUAAAGGCCAAUGUGUGUGGUCAGAAUUUUAUAUGAGGAUAUUAUCAAGUUCCUGCUUUUAUCUCAAAAGACGUCCAACGAAAGAGCACCCAGUCUCUGCUUUGGAUUGGUAUGGGCACUGGAGAACUAUUUCUUACUUGAUUCAGCUGAGUUUUAUGUGAUGAAUUCUUACUCUGGAAUAGCCACUUUUGGAAGCGACUGUGUAAAUAGAAGUUUAUUUUUAUGUCCCGAAGCUUGUGGGUUUUAAGAACUGACUCUUAUGUUAAGAAUGCUGCUCACUCUCAGAAAGUUGUCAGGGUUUCUGCCCUCAGCAGUUCCAGCUGUUUCCCCUUUGCUUUUUGGCUGUCAUGAAAUAUAUGCCGAAAUCAGACGUGAAACCAGAUCAGAAGUUAAUAAAAUUAGAUAUUAAAACUCAUGACAAGUAUUUCUUGACUUGGGCAUAAAGUCUGCAUACCCAUUGUCUGUCUCAUGCUUGCAUGUAAGGAGCCACUAUUGAGCUAUCUGCUAUUUCUUCUGGCUUUUUGGACUGUGGUUCAAGUCUAGGGCCUUGCACACACUAGGAAGCUGUGUCUACCAACUGAAUUACAUUCCUAGCCCAUUUCUGGAUACCCCCAAGAUACAAAGAUUGGUCAUUUUAUUGGACGUUGUCUUAUUAAUAUUAAGUGGUUUUAAAUUAAAUUUAGGAUCAUCUAAUAAGUAGUUUUUGCAUUGUGAGAGGUUAUAAGUUACUUCUGCUUUCUUUGAACAGACCUGCAUAAACACUGGGCUGCCUUGGGAAAUGAAGACAGAUGCUAAAGCAAGAAAAAUACACAUCCUUCAGAAAUGAAUAGUUUGGGCUUUUAAUGCAAAGGACUUAAGUUGACCCUUUCCUUCUCUUGGGGGCCGUUAAGUUUAUAAACUAUUUUGUUUUAAGUGUAUAAAAUAUAAUUGCUUUUGGCGUUUAGGACCAGUGAAGUUAAAUGUAUUAUGCUAGCUUAGUUUUUGCAAUACUGAAGCUUGAUCUUUGUGGGACACUGUGCUAGAUACGGAGUGGACCACUGAGCUAAACCUCCAGCCCAUCUGUCUGUCCGUCCGUCCUUCCUUCCUUUUGUCUUUUAAACUUUUAGAAUUUUAAGAGAAGGUCUCCAAAAGUUCAUAGACUGGUCUUGACUUUGCCUACACAGGCUUUAAAUUUUCUUCCUUCCUACCUUAGCCUCUCCAGUAACUGGACCUAUAAGGCUGUGCAAUCAGCCUGGUUAAAUAGCUCAUUUUAAGUCAGGUGUGGUGGCACACACCUUUAAUAACAGCACUUGGGAGGCUGAGACAGGUGGGUCUCUGUGUUUGAGGCUAGCUUGGUCUACAGACUGAGUUCCAGGACAGCCAGGGCGACACAGAGAAACCCCGUCUCGAAAAACAAAACAAAAACAAACAAAAAAGCUCAUUUUAAAUGGCCUUAAGUUUGCAGUAUUUGAUAAAAACGAGUUAGGGACCAUACCUCCAGGGAUUAUAGAAUUAAUCACCUUCGUGACAAAUGGCCAAGAGAUUCUAGUGCAGUCGUAGGGCUCCACACUUUGAGAAACAGUGACAAAGGAAAGAUUGAUCUAGAGAAGUAACAUUGCUUAUCUAUUACUUCAAGGCGUUAUCAAGCGCUUAACGCUGGCCGUGAUUUGAUAGUUUAGGUGAUACUAGUCCCAUUCCUGUACCGGAAGGACUCAAGUCAGAAUUGAACUCAGGUACACAGAGUCUGUGCCCUGCCUGGCUACAACUGCUUUGGCUUGUGUAAGGAUGUGCUGGGCUUUGAGACCUCCUCAACCCUUCCGUGGGAGGCAGAAUCAGAAGAGUUUCUUUCCCAGUGAAAUUUCAAGCACCGCUCACCAUUGGUUCACAGCGAUUGGUCUCCAUGGCUGAUGCCUUGUGACCUUUUUCAGUAUUUGCCUUUCAGCUUGGUUGCACAAGGUCUUGACAAUUUGAUAGCACGGUCUCCUGAAGUCCUUUCAGUCACCUUUAUCUCUCUUUGGCCUUUUACACUCCGGUGUGGAAAUUUUUAUAGAAGCUAAAAUAUUACUUAAAUAUGUCCCAGAGCAGUUAGACGCAGGUUGAGCAUCUCUAAUCUGAAAACCCCAACUCCCCCCAAAUCUAAACUUUUUUGAGUACUUGACAUCACAGGUAAGAAAAGCUUCACCUCACAUUACAGGAUGGGUCGCACUCCCAAGACAGCUGUGGGGAUGGGGAGAUGGCUCAGAGUCCAGUUUCCAGAGGACCGAGUCUGAAUCCCAGCCUCCAAGCCAAGUGGCUUACAGACGACCAGUAACUGACACUCUAGAUGGGUCCAGAGCCUCAGUGUGCCUGCAUCCUUGUGGCAUUCGUUCACACUGACACGCAGAAACACACAAAGAGUAAAGGCCAGGUGUGGCAUAUGCUUUCAAUCCCAGGACUUGGGAGGUAGAGGCAGGCAGAUCUCUGUGGACUCAAGGCCAGCCUUGUUUGUAUAGUUCUAUACUAACCAAGAGUUACUUGGUGAGACACUGUCUUAAAACAAAACAAAACACCCAAAUACAUGCAAUGAGGAUAAAAAAAACCUUAAAAAUAUUUUUCAGAAGCCAGACAUACUAAAUGUUAUAUAACAUUUUCUUCAGUUUAUAUAUGUAAAGUAUAUAUAAGGCAUACAUUUCCUACUUAGGCUUGUUAUGCAUUAAUGAGUUAUAUACAUAUAUGUGCAUGUGAAUCUAUACACGUAUACAUACAUACACACAUGUACACACAUGCAUAUAUAUGUAUGUAUACACACAUGCAUAUAUAUGUAUGUAUACACACACAUAUAUAUGUAUACACAUACAUAUACAUACAUAAAUAUUCCUGAGUCUAAAAUAAUUUAAAAUCUUACAGUUCUGGACUCAUGGACUUCAGACAAGGGCUUCUGAAACUUAUGAAAAAUUUAUUAUAGAUUAGUUAGUCCCAUAUACUUGUGAAUGUCAGCAUGCCAGAUAAAAGUGUUUAAAUACAUAUUUCUUAUAAUAAAUAAAAAGGGAAUCAUAAUUAAAAAAACUACACAGGUUUAAUUAAGGAUACAGUCUAGCUGAGUACAAUGAAUAUUAGCAUUUUGAUAGGCUUUCUUUCUGUUUUUUUUUUUCUUUUUCUUUUUAAGCAUAUGCAACUGAUCCUCUUUAUCUCUAGGCUCCAUAUCACUGGCUUCAGUCAACUUCCGAUACAAACAUUUGGGAAUGUAUUGCACCUGUACUAAACAUGUACAGACUUUUAAUAUAUCAUUGUUCUCUAUGUAAUAAUAAUGAAGUAUAACAUCCACUUACAUAACAUUUACAUAUUAUCAAAUAUACUAAGUAGCCUAGAAAUGAUUUCAGAUAUAUGGGAGGAUGUUGCUUCUUAUACCCAAAUACUGUGCCAUUUUUCUAUAAUGGAGUUGAGCAUCCCUAGAUUAUAAUAUAAUUAAUCCUAGCACCCAAAUUGUUGGAGUUAGAAUCAUAGAGGACAUGUAAUUUGGGCCUUUAAAAAAUUGAACCUACAGUUUAAAUAUUUUUAUAUGUUACAUAGCCUUAAUAAUUAUAAAGGUCUGCCUAAAAUUGUACUAUCUAGUAAUAGUUUUACUAUGUCAGUUGGCCAUUAUGGUUGGAUGUUUGGGCUUGUAACAAAAUAUUAAAAUAGAUUUACAUACAUUUUUGUUG